AUGUUCUACCAUGGCAUCCUUAUUAUGUUUUGUUCUGUCUCAGCUGCUGUUGAUGCUAUGAACAUCUCCCCACUUAGAUCUGUAGAAGAAAGCGUGAAUUCUGGGAACAGCUGGUUUGUGAAUAGUCAUGUCUCUGCUGGUACACCAAGUUCACAUUCCAGUUUGACUGAAGACAAGAAUGAAUUAAUGACACACUCUGUCCCAACCGCACAAGGUUUUCAAAAUAAAGUCUUUGUACCACAAAUGUUGACUGAGGAAGAACAUAUGUUGAAUAUCCUGUAUGAAGACUCAAGGAAACUCAUGACACUCCUUGGCAUUGCAGAAGAUGGUGUCAAUUCAUUUCUUGAAGGAAACUACAACAAAAUAACGGAGCAAAAAUUCAAAGAGAUCUUGAAUUUCUUGGAAAGAUGUCAUGGUUAUCUGAAAACCUUGAAGCAAAUAAGACUCUUUGAGUUGGCAGAAUUUAAUGCAAAGGGUUCAAGUUAUGAAAUAUUGAAGACCUUAAUUGAAAAGCUGCCAGAGCAAAGGGUCAAUUGACCAUAAAUGGCACUAUAGAAUUCUUGCAUUAUAUGAUUCAAUUCAUGUAUAAGAAUGAAUUCAUUUCUAAAUAAAUUGCAACAAAGAUUUUUCACAAAACCUUUGUCCAGAACAAAAAUGUCCUCCUUAUCCAAAAUUAUUUUCACCAAAAGCUUGGAGAAGGAUGUUUUUGGAACCAGAUUUUAUUCUAUCUUAUGACAUGUCCAUUAUACUCUUUUACUCUGCAAUUCACUAAAUACAUGGAGGUCUAUCAAUGUUUUUUUUAUUCCUUCUUGGAUGGUUGUUUUGCUUGAAUAUCCCCAUGAUUACGAUUUUAAUUU